AUGCGCUUCACAAACGCCCUCCUCCUCGCCGCCAUCGGCGUCUCCGCCCACCCGUCGGGCCACGCUCACCUGCACCGCGCCGUCCACGAGCAGCACCAGGCCGAGAAGCGUGACGUCCUCGUCCACGCCACCAUUGACGGCAAGGUCGUCUCCUGGACCCAGGGCGGCUCGCCCUUCAAGGCCGCCCACAAGCCCACCGAUGCCGCCGCCGUCGUGAACACCCCGACCACCACGUCGACCCCUGCUGCUGCCGCCACGCCCAGCACCAAGGCCCCCAGCUCGGCCAAGGCCGCUGCCUCGCCGUCCGCGGCUGCCUCGCCCGCCGCUUCGUCCGCGCCGUCGUCCUCCGACUCGUCCUCGGGCGCCUCCGGCAGCGGCAUCUCGACCUACGAGGCCUUUGGCUCCUGCGCCAGCUCCAAGGCCCGCAAGACCAAGAAGCGCGCCACCGCCGCCAAUAUCGCCUACGCCGGCAACACCGGCUGCAACGGCUACGGCUCCAACGUGAAGCUGGUCCAGUCCAGCAUUGCCGACCAGUACACCUACGUCGUCAAGGCCGUCAACAGCGCCAGCUCCACCAUGCAGUGCCAGGUCUGGAACAAGAUUGGCCCCGACGGCGGCAUCAACGGCUUCUUCAUCAACAACCAGGCCCUGACCUUCACCAUCCCUGCCGGCGCCUCGCAGCACGUCGUCUUCGACGCCAACACCCAGGGCGGCAUGUGCUGCCAGGAGGGCUCCGUGUCCCUGACCGAGGCCGGCGAGUUCCUCUGCCCCUGGCUCGAGUAUGACUUUGGCGACGCCGCCAACAACGGCUGGUCCGGCUUUGACGCCUCCGCGCUCGUCGCUGGUUCCGUCGGCGGUCCCUUUGGCGCCCUCAAGGCCUGCACUGCCGACGGCGCGACCUGCUCCACCCUCAACGCCGGCGGCGGCGGCACCAACGCCUACCUGCCCGGCGACGAGAAGCUGGACGGCAUUGGCGGCAACCUGGCCCCUGGCGCCGUCUCGCUGGUUGCCACAUGGUAA